AUGAUUGCCGUGAGAGGAAUUGGAACUAGAACAAUCCGAAGAAGACUUGCUAGUGGAUCCGCUGUGAGAGCAUGUCGCAUGCUGCCGACAAAUGUGCUGAGGUCAUCGGUCACUGACACUUCUAGGCGUUUAGGCCAUUUUCUUCGUCUCUUUUCGACCAAUACGUUGUGCAGGAAAUCCGUUGAAGUCUCAACAAGCGAAAUGACGGGAGAAGAGAGGGAAGUGCUCUUUGCCGAAAGAGCUGUUGACAAAGUCGAUGUUUGUAUUGUGGGUGGUGGGCCUGCUGGACUCGCUGCAGCGAUUCGUUUCAAGCAACUUGACAAUGAACAAGGCGAUGGUUCGAUGAGGGUCGUGGUGCUGGAAAAGGCCUCUGAUAUGGGACUGCAUAUGGUAUCUGGUGCAAUCCUUGAGCCAAGAGCACUAAGAGAACUUUUCCCCGAUAGUGAAUUUUACGACGAACAUGGUAAAGGGAUUCCGUUACCUCCAGAUCUGGUUACCGAGGUCACUCAUGAAGAACUCAAGUAUUUAAUAGGCGAUCUCGCAUGUCCAAUCCCUGCACCACCUCAGAUGGCGAACGAGGGAAACUAUAUUGCCUCCCUUAACCAAGUUGUGAAGUUUUUAAGCGAAAAGGCAGAAGAAGUCGGAGUCGAGGUCUACCCAGGUAUUUCCGUUUCAGAUGUCAUUUAUAGUAGGGAUGGCAAGUCGGUGGUCGGUGUGGCGACUAAGGACCUGGGAGUUUCUAGAAGCGGUCGUCCUAAAUCAUCUUUCGAAAGAGGUAUGGAAUUUCACGCCAGGCAAACUGUCCUCGCCGAAGGUUGUCAUGGCUCUUUGACUAAGCAGGUAAUUAAAAAGUACAAUCUGAGAGAGGGCAAGCAAAACCAGACAUACGGCCUGGGCCUGAAGGAAGUUUGGGAAGUUGAGCCAAGCAAAUUCAAGAAAGGCUUCGCUUCCCACACCAUGGGCUACCCUCUCACCAACGACGUUUAUGGCGGUGGCUUCAUGUAUCACUUCGGAGAAGGAUUUGUGACUGUUGGACUUGUGGUUGGGUUGGACUACAGGAACCCUUACUUCUCGCCAUAUCAGGAAUUUCAAAAAAUGAAGCAUCAUCCUUAUUAUGCCAACGUCUUGACUGGUGGUAAAUGUAUCAGCUAUGCGGCAAGAGCAUUGAACGAAGGUGGUCUGCAAGCUGUUCCUAAGCUUCAUUUCCCCGGUGGGGUUUUGGUUGGAGCAUCGGCUGGAUUUUUGAAUGUCCCCAAGAUCAAGGGAACUCAUACAGCGAUGAAGACAGGUAUGAUGGCCGCUGAGGCAAUAUUUAGUGAGGUUAGGAAACUACCAUCCCUUAAUGACCUCGAAGAACAAGGAAUUGACGAGAUGGUCAAUACGCCGAUUGACCUUGAAUCAUACGAGAAGGCAUUUAAAAGCUCCUGGGUUUACGACGAACUUUACGAAGUGAGAAACAUCAGACCUUCGUUCAAUAAUCCUCUUUUGGGUAGAUUAGGCGGAGUAGUAUACUCAGGAAUCGACUCGCUACUUCUAAAAGGCCAAGUAGCCUGGACUUUCCAACACCAUGAGUCGGAUGCCGCCGUUACUGAAGAAGCAAGUAUGCAUGAGCCAAUCGAAUAUCCAAAACCAGAUGGAAAAUUGUCAUUCGAUAUCUUAACUUCAGUUUCGAAGACAGGAACUUACCAUGACGAAGAUGAGCAAUGCCAUUUGAGAAUUCCGGAUCAAGAUACGGUCAAACACGCCGAAUCUGCGUACCCGAAGUGGAAGGGAAUCGAAAGUCGUUUUUGCCCAGCUGGUGUUUAUGAGUAUGUUCCCGACGAGACGUCACCGCUUGGUGUAAAAUUCAACAUUAACUCUCAAAACUGCAUUCAUUGCAAGACUUGCGACAUCAAGAUACCCAGCCAAGACAUUAAUUGGGUAGUUCCUGAGGGAGGAGAUGGGCCAAAAUAUACUCUCACUUGA